UAUGUGCUGACAACGAGAAUGAACUAGAGGCAGACCAGCAGAUGGACAACUUGUACCUGAAAGCUUUGGAGGGAUUUAUUGCCGUGGUGACACAGGAUGGAGACAUGAUCUUUUUGUCAGAGAAUGUCAACAAAUACAUGGGUCUUACCCAGGUGGAAUUAACUGGACAUAGCGUUUUUGACUUCACUCAUCCAUGUGACCAUGAAGAAAUUCGAGAGAAUCUGAGUCUGAAAAAUGUUUUAGGUCUGAGCUCUACAAACUGCUCCUCAAUGGUCCAUGCAUCUUUGAUGGUCUCUGCAGGUCCAGGCUUUGGAAAGAAAAGCAAAGAGAUGUCAACCGAGCGUGACUUCUUCAUGCGAAUGAAAUGCACCGUUACCAACAGAGGCAGAACUGUUAACCUCAAGUCUGCCACGUGGAAGGUUUUGCACUGCACUGGACAAGUUAAAGUGUAUAACACUUGCCCUCCUCACACUCUCUGUGGGUAUAAAGAGCCUCUUCUCACCUGCCUUAUAAUAAUGUGUGAGCCUAUUCAGCAUCCAUCCAACAUAGAUAUCCCCCUGGACAGCAAGACCUUCCUGAGUCGCCAUAGCAUGGACAUGAAAUUUACCUACUGUGAUGACAGAAUAACAGAGUUGAUUGGAUACCAUCCUGAGGAGCUGCUGGGCCGUUCGGCGUACGAGUUCUACCAUGCCUUGGACUCGGAGAGUAUGACCAAGAGUCACCAGAACUUGUGUACAAAAGGUCAAGUGGUGACGGGCCAGUACCGUAUGCUUGCCAAGCAUGGUGGAUACGUAUGGCUGGAGACUCAAGGAACGGUGAUCUACAACACUCGCAACCUACAGCCUCAGUGUAUCGUCUGUGUCAACUACGUGCUGAGUGAAAUUGAGAAGAACGAUGUUGUGUUCUCCAUGGACCAAACAGAAUCGCUCUUCAAGCCUCACCUGCUGACGAUGAGCUCCGCCUACGAGAGCGGCAUCCCCGGGACAGAGAAGAGCGACUUCUUGUUUACUAAGUUAAAGGAGGAACCAGAGGAACUUGCUCAGCUGGCACCAACACCUGGCGAUGCCAUUAUUUCCCUGGAUUUUGGGACACAGAAGUUUGAGGAAGCCCCUGCCUUCACCAGUGCUGUUUUGACACCAAACAAAGCGUGGCCUGGGGAAGUGAAAAGCCACGCUGCUCCAGGGGAAACGCUGACGAUACCAUCCUUUACCAUGCCUCAGAUUGCACCUGGCAGCAGUACUCCAAGUGCAAGCAGCAACAGUAGCUGUUCCACGCCAAGCAGCCCAGGAGAUUAUUACAGUUCUGUGGAUGAAGAUCUUAAGAUUGAGGUGAUUGAAAAACUUUUUGCCAUGGACACAGAAUCAAAAAGUCAGUGCACCUCCCAGACUGACUUCAAUGAACUGGACCUUGAAACCUUGGCUCCUUACAUUCCUAUGGAUGGAGAAGAUUUCCAGCUCAGCCCAAUCUGCCAAGAAGAACGUCCUCUCUCUGAAAAUGCACAAAAUACCCAGCAGAGUCUAAGUAGCAUGAGUACCAUCUUCCAACCUCUUGCUUCUGCGUCACAGAAUCAGUUCCUCCCAGAGAAAUAUUGCCCACAGCUAUCAAAUAAAAACAUUAACCCUGGCCAUGGGUCCCUGUCAUCGGUGUUCUUCAACAGUGUGUGCAGGUCAUCCCUGCCACCAUACAACGACCAAGCCAACACUCCCCUGUCUUCGAUGGGAGGAAGACCAAACACCCAGUGGCCACCUGACCCGCCCUUAGAAUAUAUUCCUGCUAAAUGGAGACUCAUGGAUAAAUACUCAGGAUCCCUAUCAAGUUCCCCCUCAGGGCCACCAGUACAUUCUCCAAGCGUGCCCAUAUAUAAAAAAAGGCCCCUGGAUGCUUUUGGUCAGCGAGGCAUAGAUGUAAACCCGGCAAGAAUUGCUUUGUCUAACAGUUUGAAACUGAAGCGACAACUGGAUUAUGAAGAACAAGCGUUGCAGCAGCUGAGUGGGGGAGAUCCUUCGGUCAUUAACCCAUCUCACCUAAUGUGGAAGAGAAUGAAAUUUCUCAAAGGGGAAAACUGUUCCUUGGUUACAGAAAAGAAGUCUCUCAGCACAAGUGUUCUUACUGAUGAAUUUGUCUGUAACUCAAGAAGCCUGAGCCAACCAAUGAAUCAACUGCAGCAGCAGCAACAGCAGCAGCAGCAGCUACUCACCUGUGGCAGUCCUGGUGAGAAUUUGAAAGCAGGAGCGUUUCCCCCUCCAUUUUACAGUUCCCAUUAUCAGGACUAUACUGUCCAGCCAGCUCAUAAAGCUUCAGGUAUGACCAGUCGCCUGCUGGGGCCCUCCUUUGAACCCUACUUGUUGCCUGAGUUGACAAGAUAUGACUGUGAGGUGAACGUCCCAGUUUUGGGCAGCUCUACGCUUCUGCAGGGCAGCGAACUGCUCAGAGCACUGGACCAGGCAACCUGAACAAUCCUGCAAUAUUCCAUGGCCUAUACUGUUCAAAACAGCUUCAGUUUUUAAAUAUAUUUUUGCAAGUAGACAAUUUCUAAUACCAAUACACUUUUACAGGAUUUUACUUAGAUAUUGAACCUGUCCACGUUACCAAAUAGUGGCCUUUUGAAGUUACUCACUUUAUUAUUCAUAUUAAAGAAAUACAUCUACUGUAUUUUCUCUAUUGCAAUUAAAGUGUUGUUUAGAGAGUUUGAUUACCCUCCCCUUGUCUCAUUACCUGUAAUUUAUAUGCUGAAAUUUUCUUCAAAUUUCGUGCUAAUAAAA